GUGACCGCUAGAGGCGCUACUGAAAUUUCUAGGGACUCGGUCAGAAAUUGGAUCCAGCCAAUUCUUCCCAUUUCUGCCAAUUUUUUUGAGACUCGAAGGCAAUAGCCACUUCUUAUUGUGAAAUUAAAAUUUGCUGACUUCUAUCAAUUAAUCGUAUUCUGGGAAAAUGGCAAUCAACACAAUUUUGAUGGACUUUAAAGUCAAUGAGCCUGCUAAACUGGACUCUGGCUCAAACAUUCAAACUGACGUUCAUCAAGUAUUGGAGCAGUUCAUUCCAGGGUUGAACAUGCACAUGAUGCAGGACUGUGGCCCCGAUGGCAUCCUUAUUUUAUGGUCAGGGCCCAGAAGCUGCCUGGUGACUCUCAGGGCUUUCAGAGGACCUGGCCUAAUUUCCAUUAGCAUUGAGUAUUACAGAGGGGAGGAAGAGGACGCCCUUUUGUCUUUCGACCAAAGCCGGGCCUUAGAGUGUCAGAUUAAGAACACCUUAGGCGCCAGCAGGGGCAAAAUUCUGCCUGCCCUACGCAGAGGUGCUACUUUGGAUGUUUACAUGACUACUUCAGAUGAAAGAGUUUUGGAGUACGAUUUUGACAAGCUUCUCUUUGAAGAGAAAACUGCGCACCAAAAAGUUCAAAUUUACCAUUCGCCGACCUUUGGCAACAUGCUGGUUUUAGAUGACCUCCAGAACCUUGCGGACAGUGAUAUCAUUUACACUGAAACAUUGAUGCAAAGGGGGAAGGAAAACUAUGAAGGGAAAGAGGUGCUGAUUUUGGGUGGCGGUGACGGAGCUUUGCUUUGGGAACUCCUCAAGGAGAAGCCAAAGUUUGUCACUAUGCUGGAAAUUGAUGACGUUGUGAUGCAGUCCUGCAAGAAGUACCUGCGUAAUUCUUGUGGCACCUGUCUUGACAACUAUAACGGGGAAAACUAUAAGAUUAUUGUAGCUGACUGCGUCCAAUGGCUUGACAAGUACAUCACCGAUGGGACCAAAUUCGACUAUGUUUUUGGAGAUCUCACCGAUAUUCCUCUCUCAAGCACACCUCAGGGUGAAAUCUGGGAUUUCAUCAGACUUAUCCUCAACAAGGCCCUCAAAGUGCUCAAUAGCACUGGAAAAUUUAUGACCCAUGGGAAUGGAAUCUCAUGCCCGACUGCUCUUGCCAUGUACGAAGAGCAGCUGAAGAAGCUGGAGACCCCGGUGGACUUCAGUCGCGACCACGCUUUCGUGCCCAGCUUCAUGGAAGAUUGGGUUUUCUACCAGGUGUGGCGCAAGCAGUAGCACCCCCUGAAUCAUCUUGCUCUUCCUACUCGUUUACAGUUUUAUUGCACCAGUAGCUGUUUACACGUAAGGAACACAGAAUUAGACAACGCUGUUUCGUGACACCAGACCUAUGGCUGCUCUUCUCAAUUAAUGCAGCCAAAGGGCGCGUUUGUAAUUUACUUGUCUUGUUGCUGUAGUUGACAUUCUUAACUAUAUCUACAAAUCUCAUAAAUCUACUAUAAUCAAAAUAUUUUCGAGGCAUCAUGGUCAAAAAUGUAGCCCUCGCAUGGUUGUGCCACAGUCAGCCACCCAAAAAAGAUCUUAAAUUAACUAAUAAAUAGGAAUUCUUCUAGAAAUUGAAUCUUGCCAAUUCGGCGGCUAUUUUACCUUUUUUUAGAAACUAGAACUAAUCUUGCUGUUUUUAGUGCGCGGUAUUGUGCGAUAGAAUUGAAUUAAAUAGUCUUAUUUUGUUUUGUGCCAUAUUCCACUACAAUGAAAAUCCUUCUGUUGUGAAUCACAAUUACUCUGCUCGAUUUCAACAAAAAAAUAGAUUUUUAUCACUACGGUGGGAAGAGCGUUUAGUUGUGGAUCCUGAUAACAAAUAGUUGACUUUACAAAGAAAUGUUACCUUUUUAGUCAUGAGAGUGUUCCAUGCAUGUGCCAUCUCCUCCAUUUUAUGGCAACUUUUUGAAUAUUUUUCGUGGACUGUUACUAUUGGUGCUUUUUGUUUAAUGCUAUUAUACAAGCUUGAAGCUCAAGAUUCCUAGAUCGUCCAUAAAUUAAGUUUGAACGUGCCAUCCAAUGGCAUAACUCAUUUCGCACGGUAUUUUACAGUUAUUUCAUUCUCCAUUCCAUUGACAAAUUGACCGGUUUUAUGAUGUAAUGCACCAAAGAGUAAUUUUGAAACUAUACCAGCAACUUCAUUGCAUGUAACAAUUGAUAAAUGAAUAAAAAAUAAUCAUUACUUGAACAGAA